AGGUGAAAUGGGUGAGUUCGAAAAGCAGGACGACUUACGACAAACAAAAAAGAGAGAGAAAUGAAGUUAGUAGAAGAAGCAGAAACCCAUUACUCUCUUAUGCCCUGUCGCUCAUUACCCUCCUCACCUUCUUCACUUUCCACCUCUCACAGCUCCUCUUCUCUGCCUCUCUCUCGCUCCUCUCCUCUGCCCACCCCCACCGCCCGGCCUACCCUUUUGAGCUGAUGCUCGGCCUCGUCCGCUUUCUUCUUGUCUCGGACUCAUCGUCGGCGUCGGUGCCAGUCGAUUUUCGCCUCCGGGCCAAGGUUUCUCUGAGCUUCGUAUUGUUUGUGGCGGCGUGUGCUGUAUCAGGCCAGGAAUGCUGGGAAUGGUUUCGAUGUGCUGGGUGAAAUCGAGCGGCUUUGCUGUUGAGUGGGUGAUUCGGGGUUUUGGGGUUGGAUUGCUUUACGGGUUGGUUUAUAUUUAUAAGCGCAGAUGGGUUUUGGAGUUUCCCAUUAUCCAGGAAUGGAUGAGAGUUUGGGGGAUAUCACUCUCAAAGAUCUCGAUGGGAGUUUGAGGGAUGCUGCUCAGAAAGGAAGUAUUGAUGCCUUGUACGCAUUGAUACAGAGUGAUGCAAAAGUUUUGGAUAGGAUCGACGAGAUUCCAUUUGUUGCGACUCCUUUACACACAGCUGCAUCUGCAGGGCACACCCUGUUUGCCCUGGAGAUCAUGAGGUUAAAACCCUCGUUUGCUAGGAAGCUUAAUCAAAAUGGUUUCACCCCUAUGCACCUUGCUUUGCAAAAUAACCAUACCCAAUUAAUGCUCCAACUACUUGAUGUUGAUGACGACCUUGUACGUGUCCAAGGAAGAGAGGUUGUGACUCCUUUGCAUUACGUAGCUCAAAUAGGAAACCUCGAGGUUUUGGUCAAAUUUCUAAAAGCCUGCCCCAAAUCGAUUGAAGAUAUAACAAUUCGAAGAGAAACUGUCUUGCAUAUUGCCCUCAAAUACGAUAUGUUUGAUGCUUUUCGGCUCCUGCUUGGAUGGCUUCAACGGGCUUGGUUUAGAGAUGUGUCGCAGUGGGAGAAGAAGUUACUCAACUGGCAGGAUGAGAAGGGAAACACUGUGUUGCACAUUGCUGCAUCUAAAAAUCAAACCGAGAUUGUGAGAUUGUUAUUGAAAUUCAGUACUGUUGAUAUAAACAUCAAGAAUUCAAGUGAUUGUAAAGCGUUAGACAUGUUGCAAUUAGGGGGCUGUCACCCACAGAUCAAUUCUGCAAGACGUUUAAUUAGGAGGCUCAGGCUCUUGGUUUUUCCGAGUGCUGCAAUAGCUGAUGCAAAGUACUUUAAAGCUCCUGUCAGUAAUGAAGAGAAGCUAUACAUAAUGUUUCUCCGUCUGACAACGAAAGUCACAAAUGACAUGCGCAAUGUGUUGUUGGUGGUUGCUGCGCUGCUUUUCACAGUCUCCUUUCAAGCAGCAAUCAGUCCCCCUGGAGGAGUUUGGGGAGAAGACAAAAAUCUUAAUGAUAACUCUACGGAGAACGAUCAGUAUGCAGGGAAAGCAAUCAUGGGAAGCCCCCUUUUCCAGUUACUCGGGGGUUUAAAUGCUACAUCCUUUUUUGUAACAGCCUUUACAAUAUUCCUCCUCCUCCCCAGUGGUUUUGGAACUCAGCUGUUCAGCUUACCCCUUUAUACCCUCUCUCUGAUUUUUAUCUUGUCAUGGUUUGAAUUAGAUCCCACUACCGAUGCAGUGCAUAAGAUGUGGGUGAUCUCUCCUACUGCGUUUAUAUGCUUGUUAGUUAUUGUGAGUUUCAGGCGAAACAAACUUGUCGCGGCCUUUCGUCCAAAAGUGAAAGUGCUGGACACAUCUCUAACAAUGUGAGUUAAGCAGUACUUUGUUCAUUGGUUCGUUCGGCAAGACGCGGGACUGGAUCGUGGUACGUCCUCAUCAAGCCGAUCAUGAGCCAGGAUGAUCGUGGCCCACGUACGACCUUGGUUGAUUAUUCAUGUGUUACUAGCUAGCUGUAACGUACGUACCGCUUGUGAUAUGUCAUUUGAGCCUCUUCUUUUUUUUUUUUCGUUUUUUCUUUUGGUGUACGUGUUUGUGUGUGCCAUGCGUGUAAUGGAAUCUCAGUCCGUGCAACUGCAAUCUAUAUAUAUAUAUGUUCAUGAUUUCUUA